CGCGGCCAGGCGGCGGCCCGGCGGUUCUUCGGCGUCCGCGGCGCUCGGCUCUGGCUCGGCUGCGGCUCGGCGCGCGAUGUCCCACUCCGUGACCCUGCGCGGCCCCUCGCCCUGGGGCUUCCGCCUGGUGGGCGGCCGGGACUUCAGCGCGCCCCUCACCAUCUCGCGGGUCCAUGCGGGUAGCAAGGCUGCACUGGCUGCCCUGUGUCCUGGAGACCUGAUCCAGGCCAUCAAUGGUGAGAGCACAGAGCUUAUGACACACUUGGAGGCGCAGAACCGCAUCAAAGGCUGCCACGAUCACCUCACGCUCUCUGUGAGCAGGCCUGAGAGCAGGAGCUGGCCCGGUGCUGCUGACGACAAGGUCCAGGCACACAGGAUUCACAUAGACCCUGAGGCCCAGGAUGGCAGCCCAGUGAGCAGCAGGCGGGCCUCAGCCGCCGGGAUGGCGCCAGAAGACAUUCGACCAAGCCUGGGGUCUCCGUAUGGGCAGUCACCGCGUCUUCCCGUCCCUCAGAAUGGCAGCAGCAAUGAGGCCACCCUGCCGGCCCAGAUGAGCGCCCUGCACGUGUCUCCGCCUCCCAGCGCUGAUCCAGCCAGAGGCCUCUCACGCAGCCGGGACUGCAGAGUGGACCUGGGCUCGGAGGUGUACAGGAUGCUUAGGGAGCCCGGAGAGCCCACGGCUGUGGAGCCCAAGCAGUCAGGCUCCUUCCGCUAUUUGCAGGGCAUGCUGGAGGCCGGCGAGGGCGGGGAGCGGCCAGGGCCUGGCGGCCCUCGGAACCUCAAGCCCACAGCCAGCAAGCUGGGCGCUCCGCUGAGCGGCCUGCAGGGACUGCCCGAGUGCACACGCUGCGGCCAUGGCAUCGUGGGCACGAUCGUCAAGGCUCGGGACAAGCUCUACCAUCCCGAGUGCUUCAUGUGCAGCGACUGCGGCCUGAACCUCAAGCAGCGCGGCUACUUCUUCCUGGACGAGCGGCUGUACUGCGAGAGCCACGCCAAGGAGCGCGUCAAGCCGCCCGAGGGCUACGACGUGGUGGCCGUCUACCCCAACGCCAAGGUGGAACUGGUCUGAGCCCUCCUGCCCCCCACCCUGCUUCAUCUGACGCCCCCUUGUGCCCAUGUAAAUAUGUCCCCGCGCCUCUAAUAAAGUGCCUUUGUUCAGCC